AUGCUGCCGUCGCCGCUUGCAACGGGCGAGCCGUUGGCCCAUGACCCUCCAAGACCACAUUCGAGAGAUGGUCGCACCAACGAGAAGAUUCAGUCCUUGGAUUUAGACGCGAUUCUGCCCGUGGACUGCGACUCAAUGAGGGUAAAUGAGGUUAUCUCUCUUCAAAUGCAGAUCGGGCUCAAGGACCUCAAAGAGGACUUCAUGCUGUUCUCGGAGGCCGUGGGAUCGAAACUCCAGCCAUUGCAUAGCAAGCAUAUGACCUGGAGGACGAUUCCCCUCGUCCGUAACAUUGUGGUUGGGGGCGAACCCGACGACGAGGAUGACAGCGACGACGACGACAACGACGACGAGGAUGACGAGGACGAUGACGAGGAUGACGAGGACGACGGAGACUACGACAUUCUCUCGCCCUUUGAUAUGAACGAUGUCAGCGACACAGACGUGACUAGCGAGGAAGAUGAUGAGUCGGUGGAGCUGAUAAUUACCGGAUUCGGUCACGACCUUGAGACCCUUAAGCCCGCGGGCCUUCCGCUCUUGCGGGCCAUGAAGGGUGAAGACGGUUUUGAGGAGGAGAGGCCCAUCAUCUUUCAGAACGAGUUCUUCGAGAUCCGGCGCUCUCCUGUGGCCGGCUGGGGUGCGUUUGCCACGAGAAAGUUGGACAAGGGAGACCAAAUCCUCGUUGAGAAGGCCCUUUAUCAUGCGACUUAUGAAGAUGUGGAAUCGUCCGUCCUCAACCUUCAUGAGCACGAACAGAAGGUCGCCAAUGACCUGCAUGCCCAUUUCGGCCGCGAUGGAGAGACCAAGGCGCAGGCUGUUUGGAAUACCAAUGCGUUCGCAUCCAAGCUCCCCAAGGACACCGUCUCGACACGUAAGAAGGGUUCGGGGGCGUGUAGGGAUGUUGCCGGCCUCUUCCCCAUCGCUGCUCGCUUCAAUCACUCCUGCAAUCCCAAGGUGGGGCACAGAUACGAUGCUGAGGAGGAGGUACUGAUAUUCGAGGUCCGCGCAUGGGUCAUCGAGGAGGGCGACGAGCUGACCAUCAGCUACGGUAAAGAUCCAUCGGUGUUGUAUUAUAAAUUCGGAUUCAACUGCGGAUGCGGCUACUGCGGUGGUUUUGACGACAGCAGGUGGAACUUUUAG